CGAACUCGAUCAAGCUAAUAAAAUGGAAAUGCUUGAGAAAGAAUUAAACUCAUUCAAAGAAACACUGUCCAAACUCGAUCAAGCUAAUAAAACAGAAAUGCUUGAGAAAGAACUAAACUCAGUCAAGGAAACACUGUCCAAAUUCGACCAAGCUAAUGAAACGGAAAUGCUUGAGAAAGAAUUAAACUCAGUCAAGGAAACACUUACCAAACUCGAUCAAGCUAAUAAAACAGAAAUGCUUGAGAAAGAACUAAACUCAGUCAAGGAAACACUGUCCAAAUUCGAUCAAGCUAAUGAAACGGAAAUGCUUGAGAAAGAACUAAACUCAGUCAAGGAAACACUGUCCAAAUUCGUCCAAGCUAAUAAAACGGAAAUGCUUGAGAAAGAAUUAAACUCAGUCGAGGAAGCACUGUCCAAACUCAAUCAAUCUAAACUCGAUCAAGCUAUUAAAACGGAAAUGCUUGAGAAAGAAUUAAACUCAUUCAAGGAAACACUUUCCAAACUCGAUCAAGCUAAUGAAACGGAAAUGCUUGAGAAAGAACUAAACUCAGUCAAGGAAACACUUUCCAAACUCUAUCAAUCUAAACUCGAUCAAGCCAUUAAAACGGAAAUGCUUGAGAGAGAAGUAAACUCAGUCAAGGAAGCACUGUCUAUAUUGAGGCCUGACCACGUUGCCUUCCAUGUGGUAGCUUACAGAAAUUCCAGGCCCGGAGUGAUCAUUUUUGAUCAUGUGAUCACAAAUAAUAAAUUUGGAUACGACAGACGCUCUGGAAUAUUUACUGUACCAAUCACAGGUCUAUAUGUGUUUUCUUGGAGCAUAGAGACUUAUGGACAGUUGACUGUGGGUGCUCUCUUUGUGAACGGAUUAGAAAUUGGAAUGUCAAUGUCCGACCAAGCCCCAACUUACUACGAUACAACUACCUCUUUUGCCGUCCUUAACCUUACAAGAAAGGACAAUGUCUGGAUCAGAAUAAAAAGCGGGCGUGCAGAAGCGAUGCAUACGAUGUUUUCUGGCUGGAUGAUCAAUAAAAAUGAUAACACAGCAUUUUAUGCUUCUCUUUCGCGUGACGUGACCGGGUCUCCUAUUAUCUUUAACAACGAAAUCCUUGACACGGAUGAUGCUUACUCCACUUCUACAGGGAAGUUUGUGGCGCCUCAUACUGGUCUUUACGUUUUAAUAAUGUCAGGACUUAUCUAUGAAAGGUACGCGUUCAACUACACGUUUUCAUUUGGGAACGGAAUUUCUCAGCCAAAAGUAGGGGUACAUUCGACCAGUGGGUACAAUGACAGCAGCAGUUAUAUGACAUUUGCCUGGAUGAACACUGGCGAAUCUGUGUAUAUCGACGCCAAGAGAAUGGGGGCCACAUCAAUGUUUGCAGGAUGGCUGCUGAUCGAUGACAGAAACGUGUCAAAAUCAACUUUUCCAGCUUUUCUCGCUCAUAUAAAUGGUGCCUCGUCCAGUACCCCAGUUGUUUAUAAUACAGCUCACAGUGGCUAUCACCAUGGUUACUCGACAAGCAUGGGAGUAUUCACUGCCGAUCGUGAUGGAUUGUAUUUGUUUUUGUAUAAUACAGAAGGUCAAAACAAAGUUGUGCGCACUGCGCUGAGAGUAAACGGAGUGGAAAUACUCGAAACGAGGACGGACGGACGUCGUUCUGAUUAUGACGAUACUUCUGCUGUCACUGUUCUUCAGCUAUCUUCAAACGAUCGUGUCUCUAUAGGAAUUAAAUCUGGGACAGUUGAUGACGGACAAUCGCUAUUUUUUGGCAUACUUCUUUUUGAAAUCUGAUCUUGAUGUUUUGAUUCAAAUUUACAUUUUCUUUUAAGAUGAAAACAUAA